AUGCUCCUAAGGAAGCGAUGCAGGCAUGGACCACGCAGACUGCAGUUCCUGCUCCUCUUCCUGAUGCUGGGAUGCGUGCUGCUGCUGGUGGCCAUGCUGCAUCCCCCCCCGCACGCCCUGCACCAGGCUGUCACAGCCCAGGUCACCAAGCGCAGCCCUGACGCUGAGUACCGCCUGAACUUUGGGGACUCCCAGGAAUGGGUGCUUGAGGCCGAGGAUGAGGGCCAAGACUAUGACCCCCUGGAGGGCCUGCCGCCCUUUAUCUCGCUGCGGGAGGAUCAGCUCCUGGUGGCUGUGGCCUCACCCAGGGUCAGAAGGAACCAGAGCCAAGGCAGGAGAGGUGGCAGCUACCGGCUCAUCAAGCAGUCAAGCAGGAGGCAGGACAAGGAAGUCCCAGAGAGGGACUGGGGGGCCGAGGAGGAGGACCAGGAGGUAUCUGAAGAUGAGCUGACGCCUCUCAGCCUGGAGGAGGCGCUCAGUGCCCGCAUCCCCCUGCAGAGGGCGCUGCCCGAGGUACGGCAUCCGCUGUGUCUGCAGCAGCACCCUGGGGACAGCCUGCCCACGGCCAGUGUCAUCCUCUGUUUCCAUGACGAGGCCUGGUCCACCCUCCUGAGAACUGUGCACAGCAUCCUCGACACAGCGCCCAGGGCCCUCCUGAAGGAGAUCAUCCUGGUGGACGACUUCAGCCAGCAAGGACAACUCAAGUCUGCUCUCAGUGAAUACGUGGCCAGGCUGGAGGGGGUGAAGUUGCUCAGGAGCAACAAGAGGCUGGGCGCCAUCAGGGCCCGGAUGCUGGGGGCCACCAGGGCCACCGGGGACGUGCUGGUCUUCAUGGAUUCCCACUGUGAGUGCCACCCGGGCUGGCUGGAGCCCCUCCUCAGCAGAAUAGCUGGUGACAGGAGCCGGGUGGUGUCUCCAGUCAUAGAUGUGAUUGACUGGAAGACUUUCCAGUAUUACCCCUCCAAGGACCUGCAGCGCGGGGGGUUGGACUGGAAGCUGGCUUUCCACUGGGAGCCUUUGCCAGAGCGUGAAAGGAAGGCGCUCCAGUCCCCCAUCAGCCCCAUCAGAAGCCCUGUGCUGCCCGGCGGGGUCGUGGCCAUGGACAGACAUUACUUCCAAAACACUGGAGCGUAUGACCCUCUCAUGUUACCGAGGGGUGGCGAAAACCUCGAACUGUCUCUCAAGGCCUGGCUCUGUGGUGGCUCCGUUGAAAUCCUUCCCUGCUCUCGGGUGGGGCACAUCUACCGAAGUCAGGAUGCCUAUGCCCCCCUUGACCAGGAGGCCACCCUGCGGAACAAGGUUCGCAUUGCCGAGACCUGGCUGGGCUCGUUCAAAGAAACCUUCUACAGGCACAGCCCAGAGGCCUUCUCCUUGAGCAAGGCUGAGAAGCCGGACUGCACAGAACGCUUGCAGCUGCAAAGGAGACUGGGUUGUCGGAUGUUCCACUGGUUUCUGGCCAACAUCUACCCUGAGCUGUACCCAUCUGAAUGCAGGCCCAGGUUCUCUGGAAAGCUCCACAACACUGGACUUGGCUUCUGUGCAGACUGCCAGGCAGAAGGGGACAUCCUGGGCUGUGCCAUGAUGCUGGCUCCUUGCAGUGACAGCCGGCAGCAACAGCACCUGAAGCACACCGGCAGGAAGGAGAUCCAUUUUGGCAGCCCACAGCACCUGUGCUUCGAUGUCAGGCAAGAGCAGGUGAUUCUUCAGAACUGCACGGAGGAAAGCCCUGCCAUCCAUCAGCAGCACUGGGACUUCCAGGAGAAUGGAAUGAUUGUCCACGUUCUUUCUGGGAAAUGCAUGGAAGCCAUGGUGCAGGAAAACAAUAAAGAUUUGUACUUGCGCCAGUGUGACGGAAAAGCCAGCCAGCUGUGGCAAUUUGACAAAGUCAACACUGUGGAUGAACGAUGA